AUGUCUCACGGUGGCCGUAAGAAGCAGUACCCCUCUGCGCUGGUGCUUUCUCCGACGAGAGAAUUGUCACUUCAGAUUGUGGAUCUUUCUACGAUGCCAAGAAAAGGUGAUCGCGUAACCGCUAUGUUCUCUGCGACAUUCCCCAAAGAUAUUCAAGUGCUCGCACAAGACUUUCUUAUGCCAAACUACGUAUUUUUGGCAGUGGGAAGAGUAGGAUCGACUUCAGAAAAUAUUAUGCAGAAGGUUGUCUGGGUGGAAGAGCAUGAGAAGCGCUCAUAUCUUAUGGACCUCCUUGACGCAGGCGGUCAAAACUCGCUGACGCUGGUAUUCGUCGAAACAAAGCGAGGAGCUUCUGAUCUUUCAUAUUAUCUGCAAACGACUGGAUACGAGGUGGUAGCGAUUCAUGGAGAUUUGAAACAGUUCGAACGAGAAAAACACUUGGAUUCGUUCAGAUCCGGUGUCACUCCUAUAAUGGUUGCUACAGCUGUCGCAGCGAGAGGUUUAGAUAUUCCAAAUGUGAAGCAUGUGAUUAAUUACGAUCUACCUGCUGAGAUUGAUGAAUAUGUGCAUCGUAUUGGUCGUACGGGACGUGUCGGAAAUAUAGGUCUUGCGACAUCGUUCUUCAAUGAAAAGAAUCGUAAUAUUGCGAGAGAUCUUAUGGAUUUGAUUGUUGAAGCGAAUCAAGAGCUCCCAGACUGGCUUGAGCGUGUCGCAGGCGAUGUGGCUCGAUUCGGAACUCGUAGCGGCGGCAGUCGUGGUGGUCGUGGAAGCGGUGGUCAGAAAUUCGGAGGUUCGUUUAUUAGCCCAGCUAGAGUUACUGUGCCUUAA